AUGGCAUUUUUGGCGAAAAAUGAAAGAUAUAAAUUCUACAAACGUGUCCAACAGCCAGGAGAGUCAAUAAAUGUUUACUUAUCGGAAUUGCGGAAAUUAGGCGUAACAUGUAAGUUCACAGAUUUAAAUACGUCACUAAGAGAUCAACUUGUUGUAGGUAUCCGCUCUGAGACGGCACAGAAACGUCUGUUUCUUGAAGAUGAUAACCUGACCUUAGACAAUGCUGUCAAGAUUGCCACAAGUCAGGAAGCUGCGGAUAGCAGUACUCAAUUAAUUCGGCAAAAUAAUAGUCAUGUUGUUGCCACAAAUCAAACUAAUAAAGUGAAAUUGUCAUCUAAGCAGUCUCAUCCGAACAAGUCAAAACAGAAUAAAUUCAAGUGUAUCGGCUGUGGAGGAAAGCAUCAAAAAAAGGAUUGCCCACACAAAGAAGUUAUCUGUCACCGUUGUAAUAAAUCUGGUCACUUUGCGAAUCGAUGUCUAUCACAGCUUAAAGGCGAAGGUGCAGAAGGAAAAUAUAAAACUAGUCAAAUCAAGAAUGUCAAGCAAGUACCAUACGAUAGUCCUAUCAUAAUAAAUGUUCGUUUGAAUGGAAUUUCAACGGAUCUAGAAUUAGAUACUGCUUCGGGCACUAGUUUUAUUACACCUAAUAUAUGGAAGAAAUUGGGAUGCCCCAAACUUCGUCCUAGCAACAAGAGAUUCAGAACAUAUACAGGACAGAAGUUUGAAUCAAGAGGAAUAUUUCUUUGUACUGUCGAGUACAAUCAGCAAACAGUUAAACAUCAGAUACACGUUUCUGAGGGAUCUAGUCUUUUUGGUCGUGAUCUGUUGAGGAAAAUUCAAAUUGAUUGGACAUUGAUAAAGAAACAAUGUUCUCAGGAGAUUUUAAGCGUACAAUAAAUAAUCAACUACAUAUUCAGCAGUAUCCUCUUG